AUGAGUUUCAAUAGUGAGUUUGACACUACGGCUGUUAACCGAAGCAGCUCCAGGUCCGUGUCUGUGUCCCGUAGCAGUGGUGGAGGCACGGGACGGAUCAGCGGUGGUUUUGGCAGCAGGAGCCUUCACAAUCUAGGGGCAAGCAAGAGGAUUUCCAUGAGCGGAGGGUAUUGUUCUGCUAGACCAGGAUACAGUUAUGGGUCAGGUCAUGGCGGGUUGGCAUAUAGAGUCGGUGGAGCUGGGUUUGGGUUUGGACGAGGAUAUAGCCCUGGAGGUAUUCAAGAGGUCAUGGUCAACCAACACCUCUUGGUACCUCUUAACUUGGAGAUUGACCCCAACAUGCAGAGAGUGCGGCAGGAGGAGAAGGACCAGAUCAAAUCCCUCAACAACAAAUUUGCCUCUUUCAUCGACAAGGUGCGGUUCCUGGAGCAACAAAAUAAAGUACUGGAGACCAAAUGGAGCCUCUUGAAAGACCAAAAAGUUGUAAAAAAUAACCUUGAACCUAUGUUUGACGCAUACAUCAGCAACAUGAGGAGACAGCUUGAGGCUCUAGGAGGGGAUAGGCUGCGGCUCAGCUCAGAGCUGAAGGCUAUGCAGGAUGCUGUUGAAGACUUCACGAUCAGGUAUGAAGAGGAGAUCAACAAGCGCACGACUGCAGAGAAUGACUUUGUUUUGCUCAAGAAGGAUGCGGAUGCUGCCUACAUGAACAAGGUGGACCUGGGGACCAAGGUGGAUGCACUGACAGAUGAGAUUAACUUCCUGCGAGCCCUCUAUGAAGCAGAGCUGUCUCAGAUGCAGUCACAGAUCUCCGACACCUCUGUGGUCCUAUCCAUGGACAACAACCGCAACCUGGACCUGAACAGCAUCAUUGCAGAGGUCAGAGCGCAGUACGAAGACAUCGCUAACCGGAGCCGGGCAGAGGCUGAGUCCUGGUACCAAAGCAAGUAUGAGGAACUGCAGCUCACGGCUGGCCGGCACGGGGAUGACCUCCACAACACCAAGAUGGAGAUCUCAGAGAUGAACCGCAUGAUCCAGCGGCUCCACUCGGAAAUUGAUAGUGUAAAGAAACAGUGCGCCAGUUUGCAGACGGCCAUUGCAGAUGCUGAGCAGCGCGGGGAGAUGGCCGUCAAGGAUGCCAGGGCAAAACUGGCCGAGCUGGAAGAUGCUCUGCAGAAAGCCAAGGCAGACCUGGCCCGGCAGCUCCGCGAGUACCAGGAGCUCAUGAACGUCAAGCUGGCCCUGGACAUCGAGAUCGCGACCUACAGAAAGCUGCUGGAGGGCGAGGAGAGCAGACUGGCUGGAGAAGGCGUUGGUGCGGUGAAUAUUUCCGUGGUCUCAUCUGGGAGCAGCUACGGAGGUGGGAACACGCUGGGGUCAGGCUUCAGCAACAGGCUCAGCAUGGGGGGAAGCGGUGCCAGCUCCAGCAGCAGGAGCUGCCUGGCCGGGGGAUUCAGCUCUGGCACGGGAAGCAGCUCAAGCAUGAGGUUUGUAUCGAAAAGCACUACCAAGAAGAGCUAUCGGAGCUAA